AUGUUGAUGGUGAUGUUUCCUCUUAAGAUUGUUUCAUCAAUAUCAUGUUACAAAUGCUUAUCAAUUAAUGGAAGUAAUCCAUCGUGUGAAGAUUCAUUUCAAGGUGAUGUAGCGAAUGAACCAUCGUUUCUUCAAGCACCAUGCUUAACUCAUUUACGUGGACGUGCAGGUUUAUUUCCUGCAACACAUUGUAUCAAAUUAGUUGCUUAUUCGAAAGCACCUAAACCUACUCAAUAUAUGUAUCGAACAUGCGGCCGCGAUGAAGCUAAUGAUAAUGGCAUAGCUCAUUCUAGUCAUUGUGGUUUUGUUAAACUUCAUUGGCUUCUGAAAAAUCAACAUUUUCGAGUAUAUUUAUUUUAG